GGCUGAAGGGGCGGGUGGAGCGGCGCGCGCUGCGUCCCGGCGCUCUGCUUUCCCUGCCGGUCCCGCCCUCCGUCGCGGCGGCGCGGUGUAUUGUGGGAUAGGGAGCGAUCUCCGAGCGAGGCAGCAAGAUGGACGCGGGAUUCUUCCGCGGAACAAGUGCAGAACAGGAUAAUCGGUUCAGCAACAAACAGAAGAAGCUACUGAAGCAGCUGAAAUUUGCAGAAUGCCUAGAAAAAAAGGUGGACAUGAGCAAAGUAAAUUUGGAGGUUAUAAAGCCUUGGAUAACAAAACGAGUAACGGAAAUCCUUGGGUUUGAAGAUGAUGUUGUGAUUGAGUUUAUAUUCAACCAGCUGGAAGUGAAGAAUCCAGACUCCAAAAUGAUGCAAAUCAACCUGACUGGGUUUUUGAAUGGAAAAAAUGCUAGAGAAUUUAUGGGAGAACUGUGGCCCCUGCUCUUAAGUGCACAAGAAAACAUCGCUGGAAUCCCUUCCGCUUUUCUAGAACUGAAGAAAGAAGAAAUAAAACAGAGACAAAUUGAACAAGAAAAGUUGGCAUCUAUGAAAAAGCAAGAUGAAGACAAGGAUAAGAGGGAUAAGGAAGAAAAAGAAAGCAGCAGAGAAAAAAGGGAAAGGUCUCGAAGCCCAAGAAGACGCAAAUCCAGAUCUCCUUCCCCUAGAAGACGAUCUUCCCCUGUCAGGAGAGAGAGAAAGCGCAGUCAUUCUCGAUCUCCCCGUCACAGAACCAAGAGCCGGAGUCCUUCCCCUGCUCCGGAAAAGAAGGAAAAAACUCCAGAGCUCCCAGAACCAUCAGUGAAAGUAAAAGAACCUUCAGUACAAGAGGCCACUUCUACUAGUGACAUCCUGAAGGUUCCCAAACCUGAACCUGUACCAGAGCCUAAAGAACCUUCUCCAGAGAAAAAUUCCAAAAAAGAAAAGGAGAAGGAGAAGACCCGACCAAGAUCACGGUCACGUUCCAAAUCAAGAUCCCGGACACGGUCUCGCUCUCCUUCUCAUACUCGACCUAGACGGCGUCAUAGAUCCCGAUCAAGAUCAUACUCACCUAGAAGGAGGCCAAGUCCGAGAAGGCGGCCAUCUCCUCGAAGAAGAACCCCACCAAGACGAAUGCCACCUCCACCCAGGCAUAGAAGGAGUAGAUCUCCAGUGAGACGAAGAAGGCGUUCAUCAGCAUCCUUGUCUGGAAGUAGCUCAUCAUCCUCUUCGUCCCGUUCCCGGUCACCGCCAAAGAAGCCUCCUAAGAGGACAUCCAGCCCCCCUCGAAAAACUCGUAGGUUAUCUCCUUCAGCAAGUCCUCCCAGGCGAAGGCAUAGGCCAUCACCUCCAGCAACUCCACCGCCAAAAACUCGUCAUUCCCCAACACCCCAGCAGUCAAACCGUACGAGAAAAAGUCGUGUUUCUGUUUCUCCAGGGAGAACUUCAGGUAAAGUAACAAAACAUAAAGGUACUGAGAAAAGAGAGUCCCCUUCACCAGCACCUAAGCCUAGAAAAGUAGAGUUAUCUGAAUCGGAAGAAGAUAAAGGUGGCAAAAUGGCCGCGGCAGAUUCUGUGCAGCAGAGACGUCAGUACAGACGACAGAACCAGCAGUCUUCAUCUGAUUCUGGCUCCUCUUCUUCCUCAGAAGAUGAGCGACCCAAGAGGUCCCAUGUGAAGAAUGGUGAGGUAGGCAGGCGGCGGAGACAUUCCCCUUCCCGGAGUGCCUCUCCAUCACCUCGAAAGCGCCAGAAAGAGACUUCCCCUCGGAUGCAAAUGGGAAAGCGAUGGCAAUCGCCAGGGACUAAAAGUGGUAGACGGAGGAGGAGUCCCUCCCCACCACCUACCAGAAGGCGACGUUCUCCUUCUCCUGCCCCUCCUCCUCGUAGGCGCAGGUCCCCCACUCCGCCACCACGACGAAGGACUCCUUCUCCUCCCCCCCGCCGGCGCUCACCUUCCCCAAGAAGAUACUCUCCUCCGAUACAGAGGAGAUACUCUCCUUCUCCACCUCCAAAGAGAAGAACGGCUUCUCCCCCUCCCCCUCCUAAACGAAGGGCAUCACCAUCUCCACCACCAAAGCGUCGGGUCUCCCAUUCUCCACCUCCCAAACAAAGAAGCUCCCCAGUCACCAAGAGACGUUCGCCUUCAUUAUCAUCAAAGCAUAGGAAAGGGUCUUCCCCGAGCCGGUCUACCCGGGAGCCCCGGUCACCACAACCAAACAAAAGGCAUUCGCCCUCACCACGGCCUCGAGCUCCUCAAACCUCCUCAAGUCCUCCACCUGUUCGAAGAGGAGCAUCAUCAUCACCCCAAAGAAGGCAGUCCCCUUCUCCAAGUACUAGGCCCAUUAGGAGAGUCUCCAGGACUCCGGAACCCAAAAAGACAAAAAAGGCUGCCUCACCAAGUCCUCAGUCUAUAAGGAGGGUCUCGUCCUCCCGAUCUGUCUCAGGAUCUCCUGAGCCAGCAGCUAAAAAACCCCCAGCACCUCAGUCUCCUGUCCAGUCCCAGUCCCCCUCUACCAACUGGUCACCAGCGGUACCGGUGAAAAAGGCUAAAAGCCCCACACCAAGCCCAUCUCCGGCGAGGAACUCAGACCCAGAAGGAGGUGGAAAGAAAAAGAAGAAAAAGAAGGACAAGAAACACAAAAAGGAUAAGAAGCACAAGAAGCACAAAAAACACAAGAAGGAAAAGGCCGUGGCGGCAGCGGCUGCAGCAGCAGUGACCCCUGUGGCCCCCGCUGCCCCCACGGCCACGUCGGCACAGGAGGAACCGGAGGCAGAGCCCGAGCCUAAGAAGGAGACCGAAAGCGAGCCCGAAGACAACCUUGACGACUUAGAAAAGCACCUGCGCGAAAAGGCGCUGAGGUCGAUGCGGAAGGCUCAAGUGUCUCCACAGUCUUAGGCGGGAAUGUGUGUCACGAUGUACAUUUUAUUUGGUUUGUACGCAAUUCAAUUUCAAAAUUGCUAAAAUGUGUUUGAGCUUUAGACUAUAACAUUUGUUGUAAUAAUUGCUAGGUUGAAGUUCACCAUGUAAAAAAAAAAAAAGGGCAUGGAUUUACAUUGCAAAAGGUGUCCACAGUGUAUUAGUGACAUUCUUUCAUUGACAGCUGACAUAAAUUCAUUUAGAGUGAAAUAUUUUAAGCCAAAAAAAAAAUCCCCUUUUUAAAAAAGGGGGUUUCAAUAUUGUUGGCAUUCUUAUGGUUUCUUUAAAGGCCUUGGCUAUUCCCAGAGGUUUUCUUUCUUUUCAUUUUUUUUUUUUUUUUUUUAUUUCUCAUUUGAGUCUUAGCACCCAUUUAAGUUAUGAUGCUUCCAACCUUGUAUGGUUUGCAAGCUUGCCCAGAAAUAAGACCACUGUUGAACUACCACAAAAGUAUAAAUGAAUAUUUUAAUGCCACAAUCUUUCCUGUUGCCUGUGGAGUCUCUGCUGAAAUGAAUCCGGAUUUGAGCUCUAGGACGAGACGGAAAAUGAAAGCAUGUUGUUUGCCAGGACACUGUGGGUUUAUAUUGAUGUGUAACAAGUUGAUUUGGAACACUGGAAUUUCAUUCUAUUCUGUUGUGUUUUUUUUUGUAAAGGCAAUUAACUAGUCCCAGGAAGGAUCCUUCAGUUAUAUAAAAGUUUGUUUUAUGAAAUGUCAUGGCUCCAUUCAUAAUUUUGUCUUGUUCUUCCAAUUGGUAUAUACAACCUUCAGAGCUCUCGUAUUUGGAAGGCUGGAAGGGCCCAGACUUUGAAAUAGUGUCUUUGUUUUCACUGUUUUUGUUUUUUGUUUUUUGUUUUUUUUUUUUUAAACUAAAGCUAUAUAAAGCUUGUGGAUUAAACAGAAUAAAUUUCUAAAUUUAAAAAC